AUGUCAGACCCACUGUCCGAGGGCAUUGGCCGUGGUGUGUGUGAAAAGCAUUCAAGAAGGAACGCCGCGACUCCAGCCAACCUGGACUUUGACGCCCGCGUACCGAUCCCCUUCAGUGUCUUCCCGUCCUCGUAUCGGAGUGACGCUGUCACUAAAGAAACCACCAAAGUCAAGGUAGAAGGAGAAGUCAAUCCGCACCCUUCUCAUCAGGCUUCGCACGUCGGACGGGAAGGUCACGAAGAGCACUACGAAUCCUUCUCUGCCACUGCCGUCCCCGCCGACCGCCGCGACUCCCGCGACUCCCGCUACAAAGAAGAGGUCCGCGUCUACGAGGAAGAGCGUGUCCGCCGCCCAACCACCACCCGCCGCGAGGAGCUUCACAUCUACGAAAAGGAUCGCCGCACUCCUCACCAGCCCGAGCAGCGAGAGCAGCGACGAGAGCGCGUCUCCGAGGUUGAGUUCAAAACCCGCGACCGUUACCAUCAACCUUACCAACGCUACGUUGGGAGUCAAAUCGACGUUCAAGACAGGACUUACGACAGAGACUUCAACACUGUCCACGGCCCUGCUACCGACUACACUCCAACCCAGAUCGACGUCACCGAGCGUCAAUUCCGUGAAGGCACUCGUCCCAUCGUAGGAGGCUUUGCUGCUGCUGAACAGGGUUACACCAACAUCAGUACCAAGCCCAACUACGAGCAACCAGCCGGUUACACCCACGACAGCUUCACCUCUCGCACCAGCCACGACACCACUCCCUACCAAAGGCAGGACGUCGACGUCGUUGACUCCCGCUACCCUUCCUCUCACCGCCGAGAAGAAGACGUUCGAGUAGAAAAGACUACUCGAACUACUGUUGACGCCCCCAAGAAACACAAGCGUGAUAUGGGAUAUUACGACGAAGACGGUCACUACCACUCCCUCCGCCACGGUCUCCACAAAGCCGCUGACAAAAUCCUCCAUCCCAUCCACGGUCAUCGCCACCACCACUCUCACUCUCACUCUCACGCCGGUUCUCACUUCGACAACCGCGAAGAGGUUGUAGUCAAGGAAAAGUACACUACUUCCAUUCCAUCUCCCCCGGUCACCCGCAUCUCUUCCGGAGUCCCAGUCGAGCGGAUCCGCCACACCGAAACUCGCACAAUGGCGCCUCCCAACACCAUUACCAUCCCCUGCCAUCACAUCCGCAUCGGCGACCUCCUGAUCCUCCAGGGCCGCCCUUGCCAGGUCAUUCGUAUCACUACCUCUUCCCAGACUGGUCAGCACCGCUACCUCGGUGUUGAUCUCUUCACCAAGCAACUCCAUGAGGAGUCUAGCUUCAUCUCCAACCCGGCCCCGUCCGUCAUUGUCCAGAACAUGCUUGGUCCUGUCUUCAAGCAGUACCGUGUCCUCGACAUCCGUGAGGAUGGCCGCGUUGUUGCCAUGACCGAGACUGGCGAUGUCAAGCAAGGCCUUCCUGUCCUUGACCAGAGCGGUCUUUCCAAGCGUCUCUCCGAGUCAUUCGACAAUGGCCGAGGCAGUGUCCGCAUCCUCGUCAUUAAUGACGACGGCAUGGAGAUGGCUGUCGACUACAAGGUUGUUCACGGCUCAAGGUUGUCGCAAUCAAACGCUCUGCAUGUGUCAUGA